UGUAUACUUAAGCUCAGUUUGAAAACGUGUUGGGGGUCAAAUAUCGCUCAUAAACAAAGAAAAGUCACUGUUUUCGCAUUAUCAAGGCACAAAACAUAAGACGUCAUCAUGAAUGAAACGGACUUCGUCGUCACGGAAGCACCGUACGAUUACGAGAGUCCCCUUCAUUACUCGGAGAGGAUCUUUCUUGCCACGGUGUCGGGUCUGAUUGCCAUCGUCGGACUCUUUGGAAAUGGCCUCGUCAUCGCCGGUGUCGCGCUCUCGAGAAAGCUCCGGACAGCGACGAACGUGUAUGUCGUCAACCUCAGUGUUGCCGAUAUGUUCACGUGUAUUCUCAUGCCAUUCCACGUCAUCGCCGUCUUGAGCACGGAGCGGUACCCGAUCGCCGACUGGACGUGUUCGAUCGCCGCGGCAAGCAGCAUCAUCUCAUCUGGAUGCAGUAUUUUUACCCUGGCUGCGAUUGCCUUAAAUCGUCUAUUCCUCGUCACUCAGCCUAGUCACCGCUACCGUAGCUUCUAUCGAACCCGCAACCUUGUCUUCACGACACUCCUGACCUGGAUCGUACCGACAGUCUUCACUGUCUUCCCGCCCAUGUUCUCCAUCGGUGAGAUCGGGUUCGAUGAGAAGUACACCCGCUGCGGACCGAAGCACACCGACAACGCCAACGCCAGCAUCUACGACAUGAUGCUCGCCACCAUCUUCUACCCCGGUCCUCUCGUCAUCAUCGUCGUCUGCUACGUGAAAAUCUUCGCCUACGUGCGACGUCACAUGAAAUCGAUGUCAUCAACGGAACCAUCGUCGUCAUCCUUCCCGCCUAAGACGCCGUCCGACGCCGUUGCGACGUCGCCGCCCAUGUCGCGUACGUCGGAAUCGGCGGAGAAGGGUGAUAAGUAUUUCCAGGACUUAAACAGGAAGCAAACCAAGCAGCAUUUUAGCAGACGACAGAUUGAGAUCACGAGAAAUUUGUUUUAUGUCGUGAUCGCUUUCUUCCUGUGCCUGACGCCGUACAGCGUCUCGUUGAUGAUACCAGGGAGUGACCACCUGGUGCCUUAUGCUGGAGCUAUAUACCUCCUAGGGAGUUGUGUGAACCCAUUCAUCUAUGCGACCAAACAUCCGCACUUUAAAAAUGUCCUCCGUUGCAUCAUCCAGUGUCGCUUUGCUGACAUCGACCAACCUGCUAAAUUUCUUCGCAGGAUCAUCUCCAACAAGCAGAUGACGCACAUCGUCAGCGGCAACAACCACUCCACCAAGAAGGAGCCUCUCAAAUAAUGGUUCGAACAUCGCUUGACUGAUGACAUCGUUUAUCUGACUGCUAAGAGAGCAUUAUUAUGCUUGUAGGUAAGCAAAGAGAUGGACCUACAUUUUACAGUCCUAUUUGAUGGGCUUGGUAAUGACUUGAUACUGAGGAUUAAUGUGUUACCAACAUGACCAAAGCCCGCUAGCGCAUCGACUUGGUUUCGAACCCGUAACCUCCCAGUUACAAUUCCACUGCUCGACCACUGAGCCAUCAACGUGAUUAAGAGAGGAUAAGAUAACGCAACCGGAUGUACCUAUAUUUAAGUUCUAUCCGGUUGAGUGGGUAAUGUGAAUCAAUGCCUUACCAAAGGACACUAACGCCACACCGUGGUUUCGAACCCAGGACUUCUCGGUUACUAAACCCCUACUCUACCACUGAGUCCAGGAUGCGGGGAGUUCGGUAGAGUUCUUGGGCGCUGUUGCUCUCCAUCUUCAAGGAUCUUCUCUGCGGUUUGGCAAGGGUCGAAACGUUUCGCAAGGUGAUCUUCAAAUUACAAAAUGCAAAGAGGAUUCCUUGAUCAAAUUAGCUGUAAUAGCCGCGAUGACGGAGUUGCGGUCGCUAGUUGAAUUAAAGACUUCUUGAAGACGAAUAGAAGAAGACAGCGUAUCGUGAAGCACCAGAUAGCUAGGCUAGAUGGAAUCUGCCUAAUCACUGCAGACUAGGCCUGUAAAAUGAUAACAUUUGAAGAAGCAUAACUGAAUGACAAGGGCCAGGUGCAUUUCUGGCCUAGAUAAUUAUGACGUGAAAAGACUCUGAGAUCUCAAUUCGCAACGAAGAUGAAGCAAAAUCAGGGAGAGGUGUUGGACAAAAAUAUGUAAGCAUGACGGA